GGUGUCCUUUGUGCUUCUGCACAUCGAGUCGAUCAAGGGAUAAAGCGGCAUGAUGAUGGCGGGAGCCUGGCCGCCGGUGUGGCUCUGGGGCUCAGUGCUGACGGGCAGCGGCUUCAUCCUUCUGGAAAUCUUCCAAGUAAGACAGAUCAGAGAAGACAUGCCUGACUGAGCAAUGUGUGCCUCUGUGUGCCUGUAGGGCAUCCGGCUGAAGGCAGCGUACUGGGCCGACUCAUGGUACGCGUCAGGCUUCGAGCCGGCGGCUCCAUUUGUUUGCUGUCGGUGUGUGUGUGUGGGGAUCCAUGAAGGAAUUGGGUGGAUGCUGGAAGUUCACUGGCCAUCAUCGCCUUCAUUGCCAUCCACUUCGCUGGCUGGUCGGAGGAGGCGGAAGUGAGCUCAGGGAUCGUCAUAGCGCUGCUCUUUGCGCUUCGCCUCCUCCAAACCGCCAGCCUGCACCCAGCGUCGGACCACUCAUACUGUCAGUGAGAGAGAGACAGAGAGACAGACACAGAGAGGUCAUGUCUGAUGCUGUGUGUGACGGGUGUGUGUGUCAGUGCGGUUGUGAGGAUGUUUUCGGACAUCAGCAUGUUUCUGUGUCUGUACGUCUACAUCCUGCUGGUCUUCGCGGUCGUCUUCACCCUCCUCUCCUCCGACGAAGACCACCAGUACUUCGGCUCCUUCGCCAAAGCCACGCUCACGCUGUACUCGAUGACACCGACACACACAGAGAGAGAGCGCCAGUCGUCAUGCUGUUGGUUGGCUGGCUGCAUUAGUUUCUACGGGGGUCUUGGCGACUUCAAUGAUGCGCUGACGAACGCCAUCGAGAGCCACGACACACUGGGGACCGUCCUGCUGUUCACAUACGUCAUCCUCUCGUCCAUCAUACUCGUACGUCAGACUCAGCAACACACAUACACUUAAAGGAGCUCAACGAGCCGCACAAAAGGACUCCCUUUGUUGUCUCUCUGUCUCUUUGUCUGACCGCAUCGAUAGCUCAACCUGCUCAUUGCCAUCAUGGUGAGACACACACAAGGGACAUCGAGCGUGUCAUAAGACUGAACAACGCUCCUGUAUGUGUGUCUGUCUGUCUGUCUCUCUCUAUGUCAGGCGUCGACGUAUGCGGUUAUCGAGCAAACACAGACUGCCCAAUAUCAGUAAGAGAGACAGACAGACCGCGACACAUUAUGGCUCUCUCUUUGUCCGUGAAUGACUGAGUGCAGGUUGCUGCGCGUCCGCGUGUUGAAUGAGUACCUCACAAUGCCGCACCACGAGCGCCUCCCGCCGCCAUUCAACCUCAUCGGUCGGUGCGGCCGACAAGAGACAUCAACUGCACCCACAACAUGUGAGCAUAAUCUGUGUGUGUGCAGCUGUGGUCGUGUCGGAGCCCCUGCGCUAUGUCGCCUCCCUCAUCAGCGGCCGGCAGUCGGCACUCUGCCGCAUCGACGAGAAGGUGCCGCAUUGCCUUCUCGUCGAUGAAGGCCAUCUACUGCACCGUCGAUGCGCUCCUAUUUGCCGUCGCCUUCACACCAAUUGCCAUCUACCGUCACCUGGAGAAGCUUCAGCAAUGCAUACGGGACGAGAUACAGCGGCGACAGUACUGGACCCUUGACAAUACUGGAGAGAGGAUACAGAAGACAGUCCAGAUCUGGGACGCAUUCAAAAUACUCGGUGUCAUCCUCGUGAUGCCCUUGUAUCUUCUGUACCAUUACGUCAAUUACGUCAAAGCAGAGGUGAGAGUUCCAAGUGGCCAAUCCCAUCCAGCAAUGGAAUCUGUCUGUGGUGCCAAAGGAAUCUUACGAGGACACUGAGGAGUGGAAAGCCAGAGAGAGGCGUGAAGCACGGGACGGAUACAAAGACAGCAUCGACGAGUGGAUGGAGGCUGCGGAUCACCACCACUCAAACUUCCCUGACGUCAUGGCAGGUGACACAGAAGAGACACACAAUCACACAUGCAUAACUGCGUCUCUAUUCGGUGUUCUGCAGCCCUCAAGCACAACCAAACUUCUCAAUUCGAGAUGCUGUCAGGUGACAAUGACAGCAAUCAAGACAAGUUGAACUCAGUCAUCUCCGCAUUUGCUUGCGCCUCAGUCUUGAAGAAGAUGGAAACCGAAAUACGGAAACAGCUAAAACAGAUGGACGAGCGACGGACGAAGAUGGAAUCACAGCAGAAAGAAGUCUGGAAACAAGUGGACGAGCGAUUGACCAAGAUAGAGGCGAAGAUCAACUAGAAGCAAGACAACAACAGCUGCACGGCUCUCGGGCGGACGAAAAACAAAUCAAAUGCGAUGCAUAGCCAAUUCACAUAUGCACGGAGACAGACAUUGAGCUGAUCGACUCAAAUCACGUCUGCCCAUUCGCUACAUUUGAACAUGAAAUGCGAAUUCUGUCCAUUUGCCGAUUGAGG